AUGCCCCACUCCACCAACAGCCAUAUUACGAUACAUAAGAUCCAGCCGCCGGAAGGGUCUGCGAUUAAUUUCGGGGCUGAGCUUCGAGGUGCUGAUAUUGAAAAUGUAUCUGAAAGCGACUUUGAGGUGAUUAAGAAGGCCCUCUAUGAGAAUAAUGUCAUCCUCUUCAAGAAUCAACAAUCGCUAUCCCCGCGCGCUCAAUACGAACUCGCUAGGCUCUUUGACCCAUCAGCAACUGGCUACGGCCAUGGCACAACUCUCGAUGCAAAGCGUUCAAUCCUGCACCCAGAUCUGAAGACCAUCCCGCAUCAACCCCAGGUCCAAGCUAUCGGAAAUGGCCCCGUUGCCUCAUUUGAAGGCCUCGAAAACAUUACACUCAAGCAUCCGCACCACAAGACGUUCCAUAAGCAUGCAAUUAGCGCCGAAGAUGACCGCGAUAACACUCGCUUCUACAGAUGGCACAUCGACGCUGCUCUCUACGACCUGGAGCCACCACGGGUCACUUCCCUUAUGGCUGUCAAGGUUCCAAAGACCGAGAUGCAGAACCUCCGCUACGAUGAUGGAACUGGCGAUCAACUUAAAGUCUCGCGAGGAAGCACGGCAUUUGUAAGCUCCUACAAGAUGUACGAUUUGCUCUCGGAAGAAGACAAGGAGUUCGCUCGUACAACCAAAGUCCAAUAUGCCCCUCACCCAUACAUCUGGAUGUCUCCUGCCCGAUCCCGUUCCGAUGGACUAGGAAUGGAGAGCGACGGCCUUGAACUUGACUCCUCCUCCCUCCCAUCCAUCGACGAAUCUAAAAUCAAGAUCCUCCCUAUGUGCUGGAAGAACCCAGUGACAGGACAAUUAGCUCUCCAAGCCCAUCCCAGUGCUGUGCAGAAACUGAUUCGCGCUGAUGGAACCGUCAUCGAUGAACUUAAGGAAGUUCGCGAAAUCGUGCACAGGAUGCAGCGACCGGGCAUUGCUCCAGAGCUGGUGUAUGGAAUUGAUUGGGAGGAAGGCGAUUUGGCCAUCUUCAACAACCAUGGUGUUUUGCAUACUGUCACUGGAAGCUUUUUGCCAGAAGAGGUUCGCAUUUUCAGGCAAUGCAAUAUGGCUGCGAGUGAGCCACCACUAGGUCCGGAUGCAUGAUUACUGGUUAAACAAGGGUCUGGGAUGUAAAUAGAGAGGAUAAUGGGGUUUGGGUUUAAUUGUUGUUAUAUAUAGCGUA